UUGUGUAUGCUGAUCACUAAUCAAUAGACCGAUAUUCUGCAAUGUCGUGACAUUUAGAUAGCAGCGGAUAGAUGUUAACAAACAGACGGAUGAUUGAGUCAUGCUGGCUGCCUCCAUCACGGUGUUUCAAGUGUCUUAAUGUCGGUCUGUCAUUAGUGUUUGCAUACAUUGGUUUUCAGUUCUGACUGGCUGUGUUGUAGUAAUAUGUGAGAUGAGAAUCUAGCAGGGGAGAAAGAGAGAGACCGAGUUCAGACAUUCAACACAGCCAUGGCUGAAACACCCACUUCACCCACUGACGAUACAGAUCCUACAUAUCUGAGCUUUUCCAACCCGAACUAUAACUUCCCCGACGCCGCUCUCUCCUUUGUUGAAAAUGAAGACAACAAUAACCAGAAGAUCAACAAAGUCAGUUCCAAGGAACAACAAGAGAAUUAUGCAAAUCUUGAAUUUAAAGACCUGGGCACUAAGACCAGCGUGACAUCACCGCAGUCACCGGACCACAGUAUUAUCCUGAACAAGUUGAACUCCCCGUCGAGUGGGGAAAAAAGCAAGGAUGAGACAUACGGCGGGCAGAAGUGCAAGGAUGAGGACUGCAAGCUGCUAGAGGAUGGGGACAAGGUCAAGGACACAUACCUGGCCAACAAGCCCAUCAAGUCGUCGGGGUUCCUCAACUACUACUCCCAGCUGGAGGCUAAGGCCCGGGAGCGAGAAUGUACCACAACUGUCGAUAAUCCAGACAGUCCUGAUGAUGGCUUUGAGUUGGCCAUGGAGGAAAGAACUCCAGCUGAAGAAAUGACCCACAGAACAGAAAGUGAAUAUCCUGAAAGUACAGUGAUAAAUUCCCCGGACUCGAAUGACAGUGGUAUACAUUCCGACACGAGAUCCGAUGAUGGGAUGUCACAUGGACCAGGCAAGCAGCCUGAGACAAGACACAAUGGAUUUGACCCUGACCUUUCUAGUUCUGAUGACACUGAUGGAGAGUCUUUGCCAACAGGCUGGGAGAAAUGUGAAGAUGACAACGGUGCGUAUUACUGGCACAUCAAGAGUGGAACCAUUCAGAGAGACCCUCCUACCCCGGAGGACAGCGAGCAGACAAUACUGCGGUCCAAGUCGGUUUCCAGUGACGAGAACACUGUGGGCACAGAGUCCAUGACAUCUAGCCCGACCAGCAUCAUCUCCAGCACGGAGGAACACCUGCAGGAGUUUGAGGGUCACGCCCUCCAGUACGCAGCCAAGUCGCUCCAGUCUCUACAGUCUCUGCAAAACUCGAAAGCUGAUCUGAAAGACGAGGCAUGCGAUGACACUAUCCGACCGGUUCGGUUUGCAGUGCAGUCACUGGGGUGGGUCUCGAUUGCGGAGGAGGACCUCACCCCCGAGAGGAGCAGCAAGGCCGUAAACAGAUGCAUUGUGGAUCUCUCACUGGGACGCAAUGACAUUAAUGACGUCGUCGGAAGAUGGGGAGAUGGCAAGGAUCUGUACAUGGAUCUGGACAGCAUGUGUCUGCGUCUUGUGGACACCCAGGAUCUCAGCCUGCUUCACUACCAGCCCAUCCACUCCAUCCGUGUGUGGGGCGUCGGCAGGGACAACGGCAGGGAAAGGGAUUUUGCCUACGUAGCACGUGACAAGACGACACAGCGACACAUGUGUCACGUGUUCCGGUGCGACGUGCCGGCACGUCAGAUUGCGAACACGCUGCGAGACAUCUGCAAGAAGCUGAUGGUGGAGCGCACGACCAUGCAGAAACUGAAUCGGCCGACCGACCUGCCCAACCUGGAGAAGGUGAACGCGAACGGACAGAAGAUGACCUUCCAGAGUCUCUACAACAACACAUCAUUUCCCACCCCGAUGGAAGAACCGAAGAAAGAUAUACGCUGUCACUAUCUUGGAACCCAGCUUGUGUGUCGGCCAACAGGCACUGACAUUGUAAAUGAAGCAAUAGAGCGGGCAUGUCGCAAAGUUCCUCCGGAGAAGUGGCAGUUUGUCUGUGUGUCUGUCGCUCCUUCCACUGUCACCAUCACAGAACACAAGAAUCCAGAAACCAAGUUGCAGGAGUGUCGAGUGAGAUUUUUGUCCUUCAUGGGAAUAGCUCUGGAGAAUGUCAAACUGUGUGCAUACAUCAUGCAUGAUGCCCAGGACAAGUUUGUGGCUCACAUCUUUCACUGCGAGCCCUCCGCUGGACCCCUGUGCAAGACCAUCGAGGCUGCUUGCAAGCUGAGAUACCAGAAAGCUCUCGAUUCUCACAAGCCGCAGACGCCAACAACUCCAUCUGGAGGAAAGGGCCUGGGCGCGGCACUAAAAGCAGGUGUUAAAGCAAGUGUUCAAAGUGUUCAGAAUGUCAUUGGUAUUCUAAAAACCAAGAAGGCAGGCCAGUGCUGAGUCGCUCAGCAAUCUUCGAAGCAGCUUGAAACAGAGUGUGCAGUCUAUGUUAGAGUCGAUCACCCAGCUCGCCUCACCCAAGUGAAGCCGUUCUGUGACAAGGGGAGACCGACAAGGGCACAGUAUUGUAGUCUCAGUGUCUGCAUUGUUUCAGCUUGUGACUCACUCCGGUGGGGUCGAGUCGAGAAUCUGCGUAUUCCUAAAUAGAUGUUUAUCAUCUCAUAGUCUUAGUGCUAUUGCUCGAUGUUUUAUACUCAGUCAUCAAGUGUGUGUGUGUGUUCCGAGUUUUAAAUAUACAAAAAUCACAGUUUGUUUAGUAGGUUCCAAAAUACGCUGUCUUAGUGCAUACAAGACUUGUUGAAUUCAAACAUACAGUACAACGCAUUUCAAUGUUCAGCUGGGUUUUUUAUCAAUUGUCCUGUUAUUUCAUAAUUUAUUUGUGUGUUUUAAUGUGUUUUUUUAUAAUACAGUGUACAUACUUCGGGAUAAAAAUCAGUGAAGGGAAUGUGCAAUGGAAAAAGGAAUUUUAUAUCGACAAAACAUUUAUGAAAUGAAUCUGGUAGAAGGGGCAUUAUUUGUUUAAAACAAAUUUACAACACAGUUUUGGAAAUUCAUUUGAAUAAUACCAAACUAGUUAAUUUAGUUUUUUUACUUCUGGGGUUGUUUUUAUUUCAUCACUAUUAUUUCAGUUUUGUGUAAAAUGAAAUCUGAAGUUAUAUAAUGUAAUAAUUAUGUGGCUUAAAUUGUUGGGGGUGGGGGUGGGGGUUCCUUCUCAAUAUCGUACAUAAAACUAACAGUAAAAUCAAGCUUGAGUAAUAAAUGGAAUAAUAAGUUAUUUUUCAGUUGAUUUCUUUUUUAAUUAAGUUUGUGUCCUUUUUGAACCGUUUUAUAUGGGACAGAAUCUUAAUUUUAAAAAAACUAGCUUAUUGUCUAUUAUUAAUCUUAUUUGUCAGCCAAUUUACUUUGUUUUAUUUGAACUUAUGUUUUUCUCAUGUGAUCCAUGUAUUAAGUCACUUUGUUUUUAGAAUAGUUGUUUUAUUAAGGGAUGAGUUUUAGCCAUCCCAGUUGAGUAAUAAUUUUGUUUGUCUUUCACACACUAUUGUUCAAACUGUGGCUCUGUGUUCUGGCUUUUUAUUUUCUCUUGUAGUGCUCAAUUUUAUAUACAUAAAAUUUGCCCAAGAAUAAAACAUAAAUGUAGCUCAAAUGUUUUUUGCGUUAAAAUAUAAUGUUGAACAUUAAGGCCACAGUAGUUGUCCGGUUAUUUGUGGCAUCUCAAAACACAAACAUGAAAGAUUUAUUUUGAUCUUUUUACAUUUUAUUUUAUGUAUACCCAUACAACGUUGGGAAGAGAGGGUAAUGAUCAAAUGUACAAAAAGAGAGUGUAAAAAAUCCCAGAUUUUGUGCAUUUAUACAUUGUGAAUAUACCAAUGUAACAUACAGCUAUUCUAUGUGAGGGUACAUAAUUUGAAAUGGUGCUUGCCAAGUUCCUGGCAUCAGUUUAUUUACUAUUGGAUAGAAUAGCCAUAUUCUACAUAUUAAAAGAUUAUAUUUUUCUCCCAUAGAGUGUUCACUGACAGGAUGAAAUCAAACUUCAAAUUUAAAUAAAAUUUUAUGUUUCUGGUAUGAUCAGGAAAAUGUGUUCAUGUAUAUACUAGAUAAACAUUACAACAAAAGCCAAGUCUUGUGCAAUCAUUGCCAAGUAUUUAUAAUAUUUUUUUUAUCAGUUUAUCAGUUUAAUGAAUAUAAAUAAACAUGGGCCUAUUUCACUAAACAAUGUAAAGUUUACGUCUGCUACUGGUAGUUAUACCAUUCGUGUGUUUACAU